AAUCUUUGUAGGCAUGCUGAGUCUGCCGGAAGUUCACAUCUUGAGCGGCGCUGGGAAGCCCAUCUUCUCGACCAAGGACGACGAUGACUGCUCCAACGUGUCCACGGCAGGCUUGAUCCAGGGUAUAAGCAGCUUUGCCGACGACGCAUUGAGGCAGAUCACGACGCCGACGCACGUGCUGACGUUCCUGCCAUGUCCGCCGUUGCUCUUCUUCUGUGCGACCCCGCCUUCCCUUCGAGGACUCAACGUUGGUCGACUGCUCCACCUGCUCAAACAUCACUUGCUCGUGUUCUUGACCCAAAACGGAGUGUCGCUCAUGGAAUCCAACCCAAACUACGACCUGCGCAACCUUCUCUACGGUACCCACGGCGUUCUCAUGGCAGUCGUGUCCGCGUGGACAUCCGAAGUGUGGCCUCAGCUGGACGGCAUCGGCGUGCGAUUGAUUCCCAUCCCUCCAUCGACGACCACCACGCGUCGACACAUCCAGAGCUGCAUGGACGUACCAGGGCUUGUGUUCGGGUUGAUCUCGCAUGCUGAUGGUGUCGUCGCAUUCAAGCAAGGGCUUCCCGACCACCCCCUUCCCAUCGAAGACGUCCACGUGCUGCUGCACAUAUUGCAGCACAUGCCAUCGUUCCGAACGUCUGAAUCAUGGACGCCGCUGUGUUUGCCGACAUUUAACCGCGGCGGGUUUCUGUACGGCUACGUGCUGUUUGUUUCGAACGGCAUGAGCGUUUUAUUGCUCAGCAACGACCAGAGCCAGAGCCAAUUCCACGCGUUUCAAACCCAAACCCGCCGCGUUCUCGAGCCAUUGUUGCUGCAAACGUUCGAAACGUCUCCUACGGAACAAGACACAGUCAUUCCGACGUUUGUUAUGUCCGCAACGUUGCCGAGAACGACCUUCGAACCCCUCUUAUUGCACUACUUUUAUCAAUCGUACCAGACCCACGAAUACCUGUCACCUCCUUUUGAAGGAUAUUCGCGAUAUUGAUGGUUUACCUUUGGGCCACACUGGCUGCCACAAAAAAUAUCAGAAAACCCCACGUUUUGCAACUUUUCAGAAAUAAUACUAUGACAAUUUUCAAACGACAGCUUUUUUUGUGUUUGGCUACCAAAUCUAUUGACAUAUAAAGGGACAUCGUACGUGGAAAUUAUUAUUUUUACUAUUUUCUGACAGAAAAUAUGGUUCAAAUGCAACUGUUCAAGUUUUACCACCUUGAUAUUACCCAGCAAUACGUGUCAUUCCACCUUGGCAUUCAGAGGUCACAUUAAUAUAUUUUCAAAUAUUUAUUUUUCACCUCCCAUUUGAAAAGGGAAUAGUUUUCUGUCAGAAUAUAUUAUAUUUGACAUGAAAUGCUCCAGACUCGUCCUUAUCAAAAUUCAAGAUUUGGCAUUUACUAUUUACGUGCAACUGGGGGAGUAUUCUUCUUUAUAUACAAGUAAGUAUACAAGCAAUAUGAAAUGUGUUGUGUUCUAGUUAACCCAAACAUCCAUCCUUGUGAACCGUGUCACAUAGUACACUCUAUUUCGUGUAGAAUCUACCUUGCUGGACUGUCCAGCAUGGCGACUCCAUGUCCUCCGACUGUAUCACACAUUACACCAGCACCUGCAUACUCUGUCGCAGCCGCCCCUCGUGCUGGGCGGCCCCCCUUGUUCUUCCGCCCCACCAUCGGCGUCGAUGUAUUUCAUUCGGUCGGACACGAUGGUAGCACUUGGUGUGGUCAAGCCAGCUGUGGGGACCUUGUACAUAUGUUGUCAGCCGCUUUUAACUGCCCAACAAGCCACCGACUUGGCCGAUUCGCUGUGGAAAGUCCUCCUGGAACGAGAAUAAUAUUGUGCUUUCGAGCUAAAUUUAGUGGUAUUUUCGGUAAAUUCGCUAAUUAAAACUCACAAAACGAGGACAGUAU